UUAUGUAUAAACUUCUCGCAGAUAAAUUAUAUAAAUUCGUCCUAGAUCUACACUUUACGUGAUUGUUAACAUUAUCGUUACUAAACGACGUAUGAAUUUUCAAACCGGUUAAUUUUUGUAAUUGCAUAUCUCAUUACAAUAAUAUUUAAUAUCCAUUUAGAUGUCUAACGUCUAUCCAAUUAAGAACGGGUACACUGUGCACGUGAGUGAGAUAUUAUGUAGGAAAACCUAGAAAUGCCUGAAGCCCAGUAUUGGAUUAGUGGGCAGACUUACAUUUAGUGAAGUAUCGUGUCGGAAUGGAAGCACACGGGGGUUUGACGCCUAGUAAUCUUUGGCAACCAGGUGAAUUGGCACGUCGCAUGAUGGGAGAGCGGCCGUCUCCGGUACCUCCUACCAGGGAGCUGUGGCCUUCUGCAUCUGUACAACAGCCGCUCAGCAUUAGCACUUUACACAUAGCAUAUUUGAAAGAUGAAGAUUUAACUCCGAGAAGAGCAUCGACAUUACCUCCUCAACCAUAUUCUCCUACAACCAUCCCCAUAGAACAUGACUACAAACCUGGAUUGUGCACUGUUGGAACAAAUACGGAGCCUCCUCUUUCGCUCUUUGUUAGACUCAAAAAAAUGAUAAAAAGAGAAGAGCGCGACACAAACGUUUUUCCACCGCCGAUAGAGUUUACUCCUAUUAAUAGGGAAAGUACUUCGGAUUACGAUGAAUCACCACUAGAGCGCGCGUUUAACGGAAUAAAGAAAGUAAUUACAGGAGCUAAAUACCGUAUAGCACCCCGGUCUGACACGGCCGAAAGCCCAAAAAUAGUGUACGACACGUCUAAGCCUGGCGAUAGGAUGGUUUCUACAUUUGGUGCUAGUGAAUCUAGAAAGUGGUUUAAGUUACCAUCUCGGGCAAGUUACGUUCGGCGCCUUCGGACCGUUGUUGACUGUUGCCAUCGAACACCCCGACGUCCCCCUCGGCGUAAUGUGCAACCGAACCGAACCUUGCAGAUCACACAGGUAAUCGCGUUAAUAUGCGGCCUGCUGGUGAUUAUACUGAUGGUGCUGGGCCUCGCAUCAGCAGACUGGCUGAUGGCUGCAGGCUGGCGGCAGGGCCUGUUCAUGCACUGCAUAGAUCCAGAGGCACCGACGCCUUUGCCUUUCGACAUCACUGCUCAGCCAGGGUGCUACGCCGCGAGGCCCGCGCCAUACAUUAAAGCGGCAGCCGGCUUGUGCGUAGCAACGCUGGCGGCGGACGUGUGCGGAGCCCUACUUACGGGGCUAGGGCUACGGUCAGCGGAUCACCGUACAAAGUUCCGAUACUAUCGGUUCGCCGUUCUUGCCAUGUCGCUUGCACUAAUGUGCAUCUUAAUAGCGCUGGUGAUAUACCCGGUCUGUUUCGCCGCCGAAUUGAAUUUAGGCAACAGAUCGGUGUGGGAAUUCGGUUGGGCGUACGGCGUGGGUUGGGGCGCCGCCAUUUUCCUUUUCGGCGCAGUCGUGUUGCUGCUCUGUGACAAGGAGAGUGAGGAGCUCUACUACAAGGAACGGAAAGUCGUGAGCGGUGAAGCGAGUGCGCGCCCCUAGGGCCGCGGGCGCCUGCCCGACCUCGUGCCGUGAGGCCGCUAGUGCACGCACACACGCACACACACACACGCACACCGCACUAACGCACGCACAAGAGUGGACCACUCGCGACCAACCCCACGUUUAUUACGUGUAGGCUGGCGCAACUUUGACAUCUUUGUGAGUAUAUUGGGUUUAUAAUUUUUUUGGUAUUCUUUGUAAAUUAAAAUAUUGGUGGCGGAAACUAGAUCUCAAAAUGUUUUGUUUCCGCUUGUAUUUUUUGUAACUAAGUUUUUUAUUCUGGGUUUCUGGAGCUACUCGAACAGAACGGUAGAGUCAACAGCCCUAAUGGCUUGUCAGAAAAACUUGAUGUCACAAGAAAUUAAGAAUGGUUCCAUUCCAAUUUUUACCGAACUGUUCGAAUCGCACGUAAAUAUUGUUUUAAUCAUUAUUUAUAUUUUAUAUUCUAAUUAAGUGAUGUGGUCCAAUUGUUGUUAGUAAGUUUCAAGAAAUCGUCAUUUUAUAUUGUCUAAAUUACUUGAAAUUUGUUAAAAUAUCGUAACGUAAGUUGCGUGUUACGUGCGGUGGUGUAAACAAAUAUAUCGGCACGUUGGAAAAUUGACCUUGUCAUAAUGUACGCCUUUGCAGCUCUUUUAAAUGUGCAAGGUAAAUCAUUGGAUUAUGUACGUGCACAGUAUGGCGCAUCAGUUUGCCAACGUGCGGGUAAUGGCAUUUGGUCUGCUGCGAUAACGCACGGAUACUGUACGACUCGCAUUUGUUUUUGUUAUUUUACACCUUUCUUUGCUUUACGGAGCAGUUUGUGAUUAUAUUGUACAAACAAUACACUUUUGGUUUUUCGUAUGAUUUCGAAGACGUUUACAAAUGUUUUUUUUUUAUUAGUUAGUAAGUUAUUUUAAUUUAUUUAAGCUUUAACUUGGAUAUGUUUGAGUAUUAGAAUUUUUCACCGAAGGCGCUUUUUCGCCCGUUCGAAUGUAGAAUCUCGUUUAGGCGGAGUCGUUUGGAUGUAACCUCUAAAUUAGCGCUCGUCGCUCGUCAAAAUUACCUAGAUCACAUAAGAUCGCCUCUCGGCCGUAUUGCGUUGAUGUUAAUUUUAAGGUUUAUUUAGGGCACGUUCGGCGCGAAGGCGUCGGUCGACGAUCGGCGGUCCCUCGGGUAUUAUCCGUUCCAAAGAGCGUCGAUGUUAUUUAUUCGCUUUAACUUAUCGGUUGGUCCUUAGCGGGUUGUAAAUAGAUGUGUGGUAGACCGGUCGGUGGCGUGUAGUGCGGCGGCAGCGCGGCGGCGGGCAGGCGGCGGGCGGCGCCGGUCGCCCGCACCUCUCUCUCUGUCUCCUUUCUUCUCUUCUCCAGCUCUCGGCGGCUCUCCUCUCUCCUCGGAGAAUGAGAGCGGCCUGACCUGCGUUUUGUACUACGAACUUGUAUUCUAGAGCUACUGCACAAUUAGUGUAACGAGUGUGCUUGAGUGAAUCUCUGCGACGUGGAGUCGGCUCUUCGUUCGCGUAGUCGCGAUUCUGAUUAACGGGCUAUGACUACUGAGAUAUAAUGGAAUUAAUUGUGUCGAAGUUACCUUCGCUAGGGUAUAUUAAAUGUAUUUUAUUAUUUAUUGUCACGUGUACCGAUCGAUUCGGUCCCGUUCGGCCUCGGUGAUACUGUCGGGAAUCUCGUUUAUGUUAAGAAAUGAUAAAUAUCCUUUUUGGAAUUGAAAAUUAUUUCACGAGAUAUUUUCUUAAUGUUUAUAAUAAUAGUUGUCUAUGAAUUAUAAUUGUAUCGCUAGGACAGCUGUAGGUUAAUGUUAAAAAUUCUAACUUCUAAGGCAACUAAUUAAGUAUUCUAACUUCGGAUCUACAUUUUGCGUUUGAAUUGCAAUUGCAAUAUAUAUAUUCGUAUUGAAAUAUUUUAUUCCUAUUUAAAAUAAAUUUUCAUUCAUAAAGUACAAUUAAAUGUGAACACUGUACAUAUUCAGAUAAUAUUCGAUAAUGAAGUUCUAGAAUUAUGUAUAACUAUUUGGAUUAACUUCACACGUAAAAUGUGGAUCUUUUAAACUAAAAUAGUGUUUAUAGUUCUGUAGAAAAGAUGGUAUUUUUUGUAAUCUGUAAUCGUUUAUCUUAAACACUAUUUCGAAAUCAAUUAUUUAUUGGUUAAUGCUUUAAUUUUAUACAUUUUAUGAAAUUUACAUCAUUUGGUUUGUGAUAAUUGUUUAUAUGUUAGGAUUUAGUAAUCUAUUGACUUUACUAAUUAUAUUGCAUUUAUCAAGAAAUAUGUUUAAAAUCGCACUGCCAUUGAUUGACUAACAUGUUGAUAGAAAAUGUCAAUGAAAAAUAUUUCAAAGAUAUUCUUAAUUGUAAUGUUUUAGCAACGUUUUGAUGAAAAGUUUUCUUGCUCGGGACGUUUACUUCGUUUAGUCUGAACUGCGAAAUAUUAUAAUAAAAACAUUUACUAAGUGUUUCAUCGAAUCACGACUUGCAUCUGAUAACCAUUGAUUGACUUCUUAAUAUGUUGACUGUUUUAAUCGAUGUUACAGUACAGACUAUGUGAUUUAAAUAUUGUAUCUACUUUAGUGUAAAUUUUCAUAGAUAAUCUAGCUACUUGUUUUUGUGCAACGUUAAUGUGCUUGGGCAAUAUGCAUUUGUCUGCGCUAGUCAAUGUUAACCAGAAAUGAGGCUUGUUGCAUUAAAAUUCUCAUAAACAGUAUUUUGACUUAUUAAAAUGUCAAUUAACGUUCAGUUAUUUUGUAAGUUAUUUCGUAGUAUUAAAGCAGCUGCAAUUGCCUAAGUAAUUAACAACUCGAUUCCUUUAGCCAAAUGAUGUCAUAUCAAUGAGAUUGAAUAAAGUAAUAAAUAUAGUGAA